ACCUUACGGGCUGUAGCCGACCGCGCUGUCCCAGAAAAACAGUCGCUCGUGGAAUAGUCCCUCCGACGCGCUCCCUCCCUCCGUCUCCACCCCGACGUGUGCUCGGCGGCGGCGGCGGCGAGCUCCGGCGGACAAGGCUUCACGGGCGGCAAGGUUCUGAUUCGAGAUUCGCCCGCGUCGGCAUCUCAGGUCGGGUAUCCGGGAGGCGGCGGAGCCAUGGAGGAGGACGCCGAGGGCAUGGACCGCCUCGACAUGGACGGCGACUUCGUGGGCGGCCGCUUCGGCCGCGACGGGGAGUUCUACUACCAGAGCCGCCGCGAGCGGGCGCCCCAGACCCGCGAGGACGCGCUCUACGGCGUCUUCGGCGAGGGGGACUCCGACUACGACUCCGAGGAGGACGAGGCGUCGCGCCGGCGCCGGCGCCGCAAGCGCCGCAGGGACGACGCCGAGCCCGACCUCACCAGGCCCGUGCAGUUCGUCUCCAAGGGCAUCAGUGCCCCAAAGCCAGAGGAGGAGGGGGAGGAGCAGCAGAGGCCUGGACUUGGCCAGGCCGCAUCCUCCUCGGGCACCGCUGCCGCCGCCGCCUCCGAGGAGGAUGCAGAGGAGGACCAGGAGCCAUACAUGGACCUGCCCACGGGAUUUGGGCAGCGAAUCGCCGAGGGUGCACGUGCGAGGCGGGAGGAGAAGGAGCGGCAGCAGGAGUCGGCCAAGCGCCGGCGCAGUGCAUUCGGGGCAGGGUUUGAACCUGGAAAACCGGCGCCGCCACCUGGAAGCCUGGAGUCCAACACGAAGGUGGCUAAGAUGAUGGCUAUGAUGGGGUACAAGAGAGGAGAAGGUCUCGGCAAGAAUGCUCAGGGAAUCACUGCACCAGUGGAGACCACCUUGCGCCCCAAGAACGCCGGACUCGGCAGCGUCGAGGGGUUUAAGGAGCCCAAAGCUUUCACUCCCAAGGAGAACUUGCCACCCCCACCUCCCCCACCGCCUGCCAAGAAGGAAAAGCAACGGUGGUCCAAGAAGGCCAGCUUGAAGAAGGAUCAGGUCUUGACUAAGAAUGAGCUGUUGGCAAGGCGCGCUGAGCAGGAACAGGAUGAGCAGCCCGCAUUUGUCCAAAAGGUGAUUGACAUGCGAGGGCCUCAGGCUCGUGUGUUGACAGACUUGAAGGGGCUCAGUACUGAACAUGAGAUGGAGGCAAAUGAUGUGCCGAUGCCGGAGUUGCAGUACAAUGUGCGGCUGCUUGUUGAUGAGACUGAGGCUGAUAUUGUCAGGUUGGAUGGGCAGCUGCGGCGGGAGCAGGAGAAGGUGGCUAGUUUGGUGCGGGAGAAGGAGAAAGUAGCAAAGCAGGAGGCUUUGCAGAAACGCCAGCUGCAAGUUAUGGAGACAAUUGCAGAUGUGCUGGAGAAGGUCCGGGUUGAUGACACCGCUGGUUUGCUCACUCUGGGGGGGUUGCUUAAGACCUUCCAGGAAUUGAAGGUGCGCUAUGAGGAGGAGUUCAAAAUUUGCAGUGUUGCAUGGGUUGCUUGCCGAUUUGCGCAUCCACUACUUAUCCGGGUAUUUCAGGGGUGGCAGCCUCUGCAGAAUCCAUUGUUUGGCUUGGAGGUCAUGUCAUCGUGGAAGGAUUUGCUGCAGGGAGACCAGCCAUAUGAUUUCUCAGAUGCUACUGAAUCAAUGGCUCCAUAUGCACAGCUGGUCAGUGAGGUCAUCCUACCAGCUGUGCGGAUAUCAGGAACUAAUUCAUGGAAGGCUAGGGAUCCAGAACCAAUGCUCCGUUUUCUUGAGUCAUGGGAACGGUUGCUGCCCCCUAUCGUGCUCCAUUCAAUAUUGGAGCAUGUAAUAAUGCCAAAGCUCACAGCUGCAGUCGAAUCUUGGGACCCGAGGAGCGAGAAUGUGCCAAUCCAUGUAUGGGUACACCCAUGGUUGCCAACUCUAGGGCAAAGGAUAGAGACAUUGUGUCACUCUAUCCGGUACAAGCUGAGUAGUGUCCUCCAAUUAUGGCAAGCUCACGAUUCAUCAGCUUAUGCUGUGCUAUCUCCAUGGAAGGGUGUAUUUGAUCCAGCAAGUUGGGAAGACUUGAUAGUGCGUUAUAUCAUUCCUAAGCUGAAAAUGGCACUCCAGGAGUUUCAGAUUAACCCAGCAAGCCAGAAGUUUGACCAGUUUAACUGGGUUAUGAUCUGGGCUUCUGCUGUCCCGGUACACCAUAUGGUUCAUAUGUUGGAAGUUGAUUUCUUUAGCAAGUGGCAGCUGGUUUUGUACCAUUGGUUGAGUUCACCAAAUCCUGAUUUCAAUGAGAUAAUGAAUUGGUACAAGGGCUGGAGGGGCCUUUUCCCACCAGAGUUACUUGCCAAUGAACGCAUACGGAUGCUUCUAACGGCUGGUCUUGAGAUGAUGAACCAAGCUGCUGAAGGACAUGAGUUGGUGCAGCCAGGGGCUAGGGAGAAUGUUGGCUUCUUGAGAGCAACAGAGAAGCGGCAAUUUGAUGCAGCACAGCAAGCAUCGCAGUACCCAUCUUACCAUGCUGUACCAGGAGCAGCCAUGGGAGAUAUGAGCUUCAAGGAGUCUAUUCAGGCAUAUGCGGCUGACCAAGGUUUGUUGUUUAUGCCUAGAGUUAACAAAUUCUAUAACGGCAUGCCAGUGUACGAAUUUGGCACUGUGAGCAUUUGCAUAGACUCUGUCAAGCGACUACUCUAUGCGCAACUUCAAGAGGGAACCGAAAGAUGGAGUUCUGUGUCUCUUACACAACUGCUGGAAAUGAACCGGAUGGCAAGACCACGUUAGGAGAUCAUCUAUAGCUUGGAAGUUUCAUGUGAUCAUUUUUCCUGCCAGUGUAGGUAGUCUUCAAAUGUGUCUUGCGAGCAUUGUUGUAGAAUUACUUGAUAAAGAACAAAGUUUCUGAUGAUGUAUCUGAAUGUGAUUUUCCACAUUUCAACAUGGAACUCGGUUGUUAUUGCCCUAGAAUGAAUAAUUGAUGCAGAACUGUUUCUACCUGUA